CUCCUCACCCAAGGUGCCGAAGCCCUCGUCUACCGCACAACCCACCCAACCCCAUCCCAACCCGCAAUCCUCAAACACCGCCCGGCCAAACCAUACCGCCACCCCAUCCUCGACGCCCGCCUCUCGCGCUUCCGCCUGCUGUCCGAGGCCCGCAUGCUGCUCAAGGCCGCGCGCGCAGGCAUCUGUGUGCCGGGCGUGCGCGCUGCGGAUUGGGAUGCAGGCUGGCUUGUGUUGGAGGAUGUGGGGUCGUGGACGGUCAGGCGGGUUCUGAGAGAGCAAGAUGGGAAAAUAGACGCCAUGCUCCGACGUGUCGGUCUCGAGAUUGCGAAAUUGCAUCGCGCGGGCUGUGUGCAUGGCGAUCUCACCACAUCGAAUAUCAUGCUGCGCUCGCAGGACGCACCACCGGACUCAACAUCGGCGCACGCGACUGAUACUGGGGCUGUUGUUGAAGAGGGCAAACCACCGCUCGACGCACCAAUAGUCUUGAUCGACUUUGGCCUCGCGCAAUCGUCCAUCCAGCACGAAGACCGAGCGGUGGAUCUGUACGUGCUCGAGAGGGCCUUCGCCGCCACGCAUCCGAUCGCGGAGCCGUUGUUUAAGAUCGUUCUGGAGGCGUAUGCAACUCUCAAGGGCUAUAGCGAUGCAAAGGCUGUGCUGAGGCGGUUGGAGGAUGUGCGGAUGAGGGGACGCAAAAAGAGUAUGCUUGGGUGA